ACAGAGAACAAGGAAGGAAAGAAAGGAAAAUCAAACCAAUUAGUUGAGUUGCAGAAGAAGAUCGAUCGAGGAGAAUGGUGAGAGCUCCCUGCUGCGAGAAGACAGGCCUGAACAGGGGGCCGUGGACGCCGGAAGAGGACCAGAUCUUAGUGAACCACAUCCACGGAUUCGGCCACGGCAACUGGCGCGCCCUCCCCAAGCAAGCCGGGCUGUUGAGGUGCGGGAAGAGCUGCAGGCUCCGGUGGAUGAACUACCUGCGCCCGGACAUCAAGCGAGGCAACUUCACGGAGGAAGAAGAGGAAACCAUCGUCCAGCUGCACCAGAAGCUCGGCAACAGGUGGUCCGCCAUUGCUGCGAGCUUGCCAGGGAGGACAGAUAACGAGAUCAAGAAUGUGUGGCACACGCAUUUGAAGAGGCGUCUCGUCGACCCGACCAUGGAGUCAGGGAAACAGCAGAAGAAGAAGAAGAAGAAGAAGAAGAAGAGCGAGAGCUCCAACGCUUCCACUGUAGAUUUCAUUGAAGAGUCAGAGAUGGAGAGGUUUUGGUUGGACGCAUUGUCCAUGAAUGCUAUCUCAACCGAAACCCCUACAGAUCAAUCAAACAGUGGCUUCUCUUCCACUACCACGAUUGCAGCGAUCAGCAUCGAUCCUACUGAUCAUGGCCAACCGGAGGAUGAACUACAUGUAGCAGCAGAGAUCGAGAGCUUUUGGUUGGACCCCUUGUCCAUUGAUUUUGCAAGUCCAAGUACUCACUACUACAACCUAUUUAACAGUGACAAUGACAUGGAUUUUUGGCAAGAAGUCUCAGUACAAUUCCAAGAAAUAUUUUGAAGGCAGAGCAUCAAGAUCUUGUUCAAGAUGUGUAAACCUUGCUUGUUACUUUUGUUUUGGUUGAGUCGAUCUAAUUUAGUGAGUGACUUAAUUAAUUAGCAGUUGCAAUAAAAUAAAAGUCAGAUUUAAUUUGCACCGUUGCACGCA